AGCUCUUCGCGCCAUUAUCUAUUGCAAAGGCGUAUCGCCAAUGGAGACUUCGGCCUUCUCCACGGGCGUGUCGAUCCAGUUUCCGUAUGGCCGAUCGGCAGCUAAUAACUCGUCAAGAAAUAAAAACGAGCGAGUGCAGUACCAGUUCCCGUUUCCUGGGGACUCUAAAACCUCCUCGGAGCGUCAAUACAGAGCCGACACUGAGGCUUACAAUGUGUGUCAAGAGCUGGCGUAUCAUUUCGCCUGUGAGAAGACGCGUCGUGCCGUGCAGGAAUUAUUACGCAAGAGCAACGACACGAGCUACAGUCAAGUACUGAGGUUCUUCGAGAAGUACUGUGCACGUGACGACACCGGAUCAAUAACCAAAGUAUCAACAAGAGGAGCGUCGCCGUCUGGUCGACGCCUGCGCAAUCCCAAUGUUCCUGUGAUAUUCCCUGAGUUCCACGCAUUCCCAACCGCUGCUGUAAUCGCUGGAACCGACGCAACGUCCAGUGAUCUAUGGAUUGAGCCACUAACGCACAAACUGCGACGAACAUUCCCUCUCUCUAUCAAAGUGCAGCGAGAUGUAGCAACAGCUCGACGAUUCAUCGAGUGGCUUGCUACACGACUGGCAAAACUGUGUGCAACCAAGCGACGAGAGGAGAAAUGGCUCGAGACAUUAGUGGGCAAGUUCGAUCUGCUCCCAUUGGACCAAUAUCCUGUAGUUGCACGAAGUGUCGGUCGAGUGACAAGACACCAGCGUGCGAAGACACUCGAUGAUAUUCAAGACGAUAACGAUGAUCAGAGUGAUGGUAGCUCUUUCAACUCAAGCUCCGAGUCUGAUGGUAGCGACGAUGGUAUUGCUUUAGUCGAUACGAAGAAGAAACGACGAGUUACGUCGCUAGCGUAUGGUCGGUGGACGAUGACGAAGCUACUGAUGACUAUACAGCGUAAUGUUGAUGAUCUCUUAUCGCCAAAUAGUGGAGACACGUGUCGUGAGCUGCUCGAGAUACUAGGCGAGCUGGUACACGACCGUCUUCAAGAAGCAUUAACGUUGGUGAAGAAGCUUCACUAUAAAGAGGACGAGAUGAUUAUGCAGAGUAUAGCGUGUCUUGACGAAGCAGUGAAAUGGUUACAGCACAAGAUCUUGACGUGUCGAGAUACUGCAGCUAAACUGCUCAAUGUAGCGCCCGAGUCGGACUCGAACUCCGCUUCAGUUCAUAUUGGCAGCACAGAGAUGGCAUUGGCUAAAAUGUUGCAACGUGUGUUCGUGCAGUACUCAUCGCUAUUGAACGAAUGGCUUCUGGAUCGACAAACGAUCGAUGAUCGACGGAAAUCGGUGAAGAAGGAAAUGCUCAAACACGAGGACUACUACAUGCUCAAGUCUGAUCCAGACACAGUCACUCAAAGCACACAGGCUUCCCAGCCAUUCCUGUUACUGUGUAUCGAACAACUUGAAGCGUUUUCACAACAAGUUUUUGGCGAAUUUUUAGAGAUCUGGACACAUUUUGUCCGGCAACAGCAAGAAACUCAUCAGACUAAAGCCACAAGUUGUACUCUUGGGUUUGUGGUUGGAGUGGCCUCAGCGACUUCUCCAGCACUUCGACGUUUAGAUUUGACGGUCACUAACCGCCUGGAGUUACAGUUCUUCUCGCUUGUGGACUCUCGUAAGUGCUUUGAUGAUGUGUUAGAGGCGCUAGUCGUGAAAGCCAAGCUGCCUCUUGCACUCAGCGGUCAAGUAUUGCGAGCGAUCGCUAGUCGCCACCAUCGUCUUCCUAGUGUGCCGCGGUUGCUGCUGGCAUUACGGUUUCUAUUGUUCACGCACUUUCGACGCUGUCCUUGGAGUUUUCUGGCACUCGCUAUUGAUGAUUUAGGGAGUGGAGAAUCCCCUAUUUUGGUCGCUGCCGACAUGACACCGUUACCGCACCGUAUCUCUAUUUGGAUUAAGAGACAACGAAGACGGUUAAUGCUUGAAGCACAAGACAGAACUUGGUCUGAGUCUGUUCUGGGCUCGUGGCUUGCUUUUUGCAGCGACUUCGAACUGGCAGACUUGGCAUCUCGGGUUAUGGUUACGGAUGCUGUAACUGGGGACGCUAAUUGGAUUACAGUGUUAGAGUCUGCGCUAAUUAAUGAACGUCGACGACAAGCUCGUUGGCGAUUGGGAUGGGAGUGCUUCCGUUCCGCUUGCUCGUGGCUGGACGUACGCAUUGAUAGCAAUGCGAAAGAUGUGGAUAAACAGGAAGACGUGGCAGCGACACACUUGGCGUUAGCGCUUGAAGGACGAUUAGGUGAUUCUCCACGCUUUAUGGAAGUUCUUCGACGCUUAGAGACAUGCGACUGGGUGGUGCUGAUAGGGAUGAUUCAACACUGGAAGGUCUCGUUCCGUGUGUUUGGGUCACUUGAAGACGACGCGGUGGAGAUGACGCUGAACGAGCUGGCGAUGUUGUGUGCAUAUGCAAGAACAGAGAAGACCCCAGUGAAGAUGCUGAUAGCGUUGCGAGAGGAGAUUGUUACGGUGUUUACCGCCAAUCUCAUCGCUGCACUGCUGCACCCACCUUCUUCUAGCUCAAUGUCUCCUGCUGAUAAACUGGUUUCCAGUUGGUCGGCGUUGAAAGACGCCAGUGUACUGGAAGAACGACUGCGGUUCGAGUACCAUGAUCAUCUCCGUAACGUGCUGCAAGACGCUGGGAUUGGAGAAAAUAUUGACUCUAAUGGCACAGACGAGGCUUCGUGGAUACAUGAUGUGGGUCUGGCCUUCCUGUUUUACCAGGAGAGUGCUAGUGCGAGUCUGAGUCUUCGCGAAUGGUACGAUAGCUUUUCGGCGGAACUGGAGGAGGAGGCCAACACUGUAACGAGCAAGAGGAAGGCAGGGAACUUUAGUGACGAUCCAGCUAUCAAGGCUCGCUUCGUCCGUGCAAUCUGUACUCUGCGUCACUGGGGCUUCAUCAAGAGCGACGCACCUCGCGAUUCGGAGCAGGAUAUCAUAGAAAAGUUAGUCUUCAUAUGAGUGUAGAGCAUAGAGUUAGGGGGUCAUUAGAGUGUUAACAACAGUGGAUAAAGUAAAUGAAUGAUGCCGGGUACGAUUUAAAGUAGGGAAGGAAGACUAUAAUACUGUCACAAGAGCGGCC